AUGAUGAAGAUGAACCGUGUGAUUUGUGUGUUGGCCGUUCUGCUGUGCAUCGCCUGCGGGUAUGCCAUGGCGGCGACCACUACUACUACUGGACAGACAAAGGCAGUUCAAUGGAAAGAAGACACAGGUGCCCCAGGAGAAGUGGGUGGGGGAGAUGAGUCACUGGGCGGCGGUGCAGGUGCUGGUGGCGUGCCAGAAUCAGGAGUACCUCCUACAGUAGAAGGACCAGAUGGAGAAGAAGAGGAUUCUCCUGAGGAAGAGGAUGAUCCAACAGAUAAAGAACCAGAAGCGAAACCAGAUGGACCCGAAGCUGGUCCUGGAGAUGAUAAAGAAGAAGAAGAAAAUGGAGACCAAGAUGGGAGUGCAACGGACCCUAGCCCCAAGCCAGAGAAACCUGAAGAUGGAGAGGGUGAAGGGGAUAACAAUGGCGAGUCGAAACCUCCUACAGGAGGAGAUGAACAAAACCCCAGCGAGAAACCAUCAACACAAGAACCCACUUCCACUAAUGCACCAAGCAACGAGCAGAAGCCGGGCGAUGCUGACAGCAGUUUCAGCCCUGUGUGGAUGCGCACUGCCGCACCUCUGCUGAUUGUGGCUGCGUUGGUAUUGUAA